GUAAAUGGGCGGGGUUGGGCAGCCAGGAGGAAUAGCUUAUUUUAUUCAACUGUAUCAUAUGGCUAGCUAUGUUGGACAAGAAAGAGAGAAAUAGCGAGUCAAGAAAGUUCUAAAGAAGCGACAGCAUAAUCUUUCUGGAUUCGGUGAAGAUACUUUUAUCUUGGAAAUGUCCGUUUCCCAGUUGCAGAAUCGAGAACAAAGAAAGUGUCGCCAGUAACAGGAAUGGCUGGUGAAGAGGAUCCUGAUGACCAGUGCAGUUGGACCAGUGCAUUGAGUAACAAUCUCAACGAUGACAUGUCAGGACUGAAAACGUACUUGGCAGGAAAGGUGCCUAGCAGGGAGGAUAUCAGGGCACGUGUCCAGCAGUUUGUGGAGGAGAGGAUGCAGACUACCAUGUUGACUGGCGUGCUGAUCGGGGCUGUGGUGGCAGUUUCUCUAAUUGGCAUCGUGGUGCUCUUCCUCUAUAGAAGAUACAAGCUGGCCAGUGGACAGCAGGCUGUUCCCCGCUAUCGCUUCAGGAAGAGAGACAAGGUGCUCUUCUACGGCAGGAAGAUUAUGAGGAAGGUCCAGACCCUUUCCUCCCCUCCAUCUUCUACCUCGGUGUCCAAGCAGCGCCCUCGGAAGAGACCCAAAGUCCUGAGUAUAGCUCGCAGGAUCCUGCGUAUCCGUAAGGAGCCCCCUACUCUGCAGCCCAAGGAGCCCCCUCCCUCCCUGCUGGAGGCGGACCUGACUGAGUUUGAUGUUCAGAACUCCAACCUGCCCUCAGAGGUCCUCUACAUGCUCAAAAAUGUCAGGGUGCUGGGCCACUUUGAAAAGCCUCUGUUCCUGGAGCUGUGUCGUCACAUGGUCUUUGUGGAGCUGCAGGAGGGGGAGGGGCUGUUCCGGCCAGGCGACGACGACGACAGCAUCUACGUUGUCCAGGAUGGACGUCUGGAACUCUGCAUCCACGAGAACGAUGGCACAGAGCCGGUUGUGAAGGACGUGCUCCCGGGGGACAGUGUCCACAGCCUGCUGAGUAUUCUGGACAUCAUCACCGGUUACCCCGCCCCCUAUAAGACUGUGUCAGCGCGGGCUGCGUCUCGCUCCACUAUCCUGCGUCUGCCCGCCUCAGCCUUCCAGUCUGUGUUUGAGAAGUACCCCGAGACUCUGGUGCGCGUCAUUCAGAUAAUCAUGGUGCGACUCCAGAGAGUGACUUUCCUGGCGUUACAUAACUACCUGGGCCUAACCACAGAGCUCUUCAACCCGGAGCGCCAGGCGGUCCCCUUGGUGGCGGUUGCUGGGGUGAUAGAGGGGAGUCCGGGCAGGAUCCCACGCAGACCCCACUUUCAGGAGGACCCGGUCUUCGCCCCCAUCCCCACACCUGCACUCGCAGAAACCUCCUCGGACACAGACGCCGGGAAAGAUAGCCCCUCCAACACCUUUAGGAAGACUCGCUCUAUCUCUAUGCCCACUGACGGCACAGCGGGGGUGACAGGGAUCGACCUGAACAUGGCGUACGAGCGAGCCAGAGUCACCAUAGACGAGCGCCCCUCCAGCCCUGUCAUUUACAAGUCCAUCCUGAAGAAGAGCGUGACCAUGCAGCACACGCCCUCUGCCGUGUUCCACUACACGGACAGCGGGGGGCGCUCUGACACCGUCCACCCCAGCAAGGUCAGCUCCAUCUUCCAGGCUGCCAAGAAAGACCUGCUGGGCAUCAUCCAGCUGCAGGACCCUGGUCUGUUGGAGGGCAGGGUGACUCUGCACCAGGUCAAAGCAGGUUCUGUGGUGGCCAGACAGGGAGACCAGGAGGUGAGUGUGCAGUUUGUGAUCUUGGGCCUGCUGCAUGUGUACCAGCGGAUGAUCGACCGUGAGGAGGACACAUGUCUGUUCGUGACCCACCCCGGGGAGCUGGUGGGCCAGCUGGCUGUUCUGACCGGCGAGCCCCUCAUCUUCACUGUCCGAGCCCACCGAGACUGCAGCUUCCUCUCCAUUUCCAAGACCCACUUCUACGAGAUCAUGCGUGCAGAACCCACAGUGGUGCUAAACGUAGCUCACACGGUCGUUCGGAGGAUGUCGUCCUUCGUCAGGCAGAUAGACUUUGCUCUGGAUUGGAUGGCUGUGGAGGCCGGCCGGGCAGUCUACAGACAGGGGGAUAAGUCAGACAGCACCUUCAUAGUUCUGAGUGGCCGUCUGCGCUCCGUCAUCAUGAAGGAGGACGGCAAGAAGGAGCUGACCGGAGAGUACGGCCGCGGUGACCUCAUCGGCGUGGUGGAGGCCCUGACCCAUCAGAACAGAGCGACCACGGUGCAUGCAGUACGUGACUCAGAGCUGGCCAAACUACCAGAGGGAGCACUCAGCUACAUUAAGAGGAAGUUCCCACAGGUAGUCACGAGGUUGAUCCACCUUCUUGGCCAGAAGAUCCUUCAGCAGGUCAAUGGCCCUCUGACAGCUCGGAGCCUGGCCCUGCACACCCCAGGCAGUAAGUGGGAUGCAGGGAACCCGGCGUCCAACCUGUCCACUGUCACCGUGCUGCCUGUGUCUGAGGAGGUUCCUCUCACAGCCUUCACCCUGGAGCUGCAGCACGCACUCAUCGCCAUUGGCCCCACACUUCUACUGACCAGCGACAGCAUCAAGCAGCGCCUGGGAGCGGCCGCACUGGACAGUGUUCAUGAGUAUCGUCUGUCCAGUUGGCUGGGCCAGCAGGAGGACAUCCACCGCAUUGUGCUCUACCAGACAGACUACACCCUGACCCCCUGGACCCAGCGAUGUAUCCGCCAGGCCGACUGCAUCAUCAUUGUGGGACUGGGGGAGCAAGACCCCGCUGUGGGGGAGUUGGAGCGGAUGCUGGAGGGCAGUGCGGUGAGGGCCCAGAAGCAGCUGGUGUUGUUACACAGGGAGGACGGCCCCCCGCCCCAGGGCACUGUGGAGUGGCUCAACAUGAGGAGCUGGAUCUCCAGACACCUGCACCUCUCCUGCCCACGCAGGGUCUUCUCCAAGAGGAGCCUGCCCAAACUGAUUGAGAUGUACCAGCGUGUGUUCCAGAAGCCGGCUGACCGCCACUCAGACUUCUCCCGCCUGGCCAGGGUCCUGACCGGGAACGCCAUCGCCCUCAUACUGGGGGGAGGAGGGGCCAGGGGCUGCUCUCAGGUGGGUAUCAUGCAUGCUCUGAGCGAGGCAGGGAUCCCUGUGGAUCUGGUGGGAGGUGUUUCCAUCGGCUCCCUGAUGGGGGGGCUGUACGCAGAGGACCGCAGUCACUGCCGCAUGAGGAUGAGGGCACGAGAGUGGGCUAUGGGAAUGACGUCGGUGUUCAAGAAGGUGUUGGACCUGACCUACCCCAUCACUUCUAUGUUCUCUGGCGCUGCCUUCAACUCCAGCAUUUACACGGUGUUCAAGGGCAAGCAGAUAGAGGACCUGUGGAUCCCAUAUUUCAACAUCACCACUGACAUCACUGCCUCCACCAUGAGAGUGCACACUGACGGCUCUCUGUGGAGGUAUGUGCGUGCCAGCAUGUCUCUCUCUGGCUACCUGCCCCCUCUAUGUGACCCUAAAGACGGACACCUACUGAUGGACGGAGGCUACAUCAACAACCUACCAGCGGACGUGGCUCGCUCCAUGGGUGCCAAGGUGGUGAUCGCCAUAGACGUGGGCAGCCAGGACGAGACCAACCUCACCAACUACGGCGACUCGCUUUCCGGCUGGUGGCUGCUAUGGAAACGCCUCAACCCGCUGGCAGAGAAAGUCAAGGUGUUGAACAUGGCAGAGAUUCAGACGCGGCUGGCAUACGUGUGCUGUGUGCGUCAGCUGGAGUCGGUGAAGAGCAGUGACUACUGCGAGUACAUCAGGCCUCCCAUAGACCGCUACCGCACACUGGAGUUUGGCAAGUUCGACGAGAUCGCUGAGGUGGGCUACCAGCACGGCAAGACGGUAUUUGACGUGUGGAGUCGCAGUGGAGUGGUGGAGAAGAUGCUGAAGGACCGCCACCAGGAAGAGUUUCACAACACGCACAGCAACAACGGACCUGUGACCUGUCCCAAUGCCUCCUUCACUGACCUGGCAGAGAUCGUGUCCCGCAUCGAGCUGGCCAAACCAGCUCUGGUUGAUGAAGAGUCCGACUACCCCACAGACUAUGAGGAGGAGGCGGUGGAGAGUGCCUACUCAGACUUUGAGCUGUCCAAUCACUACAGCGAACACACCACUGAGGGGGAGGAGACUGCGGACACGGAUGAAGAGCUGCUGGACAUGGGGAGAAGACGUCGCCCACCUCCCCCGGGCUCUAGCGACGUGAGCCCCCUCUCCUCCCCCCACCCCCCGCCUACAGCCCCACCCCCUGGAGGAAACUGAGGGGAACCCCACCGCUGAGCGAAGACCAUGCCAAGAGUCACUGAACCCACAGUCUGGAAGCCCAAGGAACUGACUCUCUGGCUGUCUGUCCCUCCAGCACUAGUGCUAACACAGUGCCUUACAGACCCACAACAAAUACAGGACCAACUAUUUUUAACAUAAUCAUAUUCCUGUCUGUCUGACUAGUCACCUGGCGAUGGUGGAGAUUGAUUCACUGUUUGUCUCCCGUGUUCUUCCCUCUUAAUAUAAAUCCUUCUAGUUUAUUGGGACACACUACUGGUGUUUGGAGCUCACACCUUCUGUACGCCUCACGUCAGCCUCAGUGUCUGAGGUCCUAGAUUGCGAUAAAACGAGAAGAAAGAAGGAGACAACCUUUCCGGUCACGGGUAUGGGCGCAGUUCGACGGCAGUGUGACGGGAAUGGACACAUAGCCUCAGUUUAUCCUUCUCCUCUGUUUUCUGGCUUCAAUCAAUUAGACGAAGGGGUGGUUAAAUGCAAACUACACUGUUAAUACUAUAUAGCAUUUAUAUAUGUACAGGCACAUCCAAGACAGCUGGACAAUAGACCAUUGUAACACACAGUUGAUUUGACUAAUGAAUGAUUAACCUUUACUUACCUCUUGAGCUAACUUUAUAGAUGUGCUGACACAACAUUAAGCAAAUCGAUGCGAUGUAUUUUUGUUUUUUACGUGUGUUUAUCCGUGCAGUGCCUUUAACCCAGCUGAUACUGACGCUGCAACCACCGGUAGUAGCCUUUCAUUGUGUUGUAGAUCUGGGGAAAGUCCUAUUUGGUACAGUCCCCUGGGGUUGUAAGGCUGCGUCCUAAAUGGCACCCUAUUCCUUCUACGGUGUACUACUUUAGACCAGGGCCCAUAGGGCUCGGAUCAGAGGUAAUGCGUUAUAUAGGGGAUAGGAUGCCACUUGGGAGUCAACCUGUCUAAAUGCAGAAGAGACACUGUGUGUGUGUGUGUGUGUGUGUGUGUGUGUGUGUGUGUGUGUGUGAGCAUGUCAGUAACAGGAAGCUGUUUAUAAAAUGCAUGCAUAUGUUCAGUGACUGGAACAAAGCUUUUUGUGAGCCCUUACUGAACUAUACUGGCCAACUUGACCUUUUAACACAUUUCAAGCUAUUUAAUUGUGCCUUUGGUGACUGACAAUCACAUGCUGAUUAGUUAAACUUGAAUGUUUAGCACAGUUUGCCAAUGACCCUGUAAAACAAUGAAGGACUUAUGUACUAUUUAGGCGUUGCUUGUGUGUGAAUGUUAUUUGUACCACAUAAUUGAUGUUUUUGAUAAUCCAUUGUAUAACACAACUCACUAAUAAUAAUAAACACUAUUGGUUAGCUGAGUCUCUUUA